AUGGCUCACCCAGACGAGGAUGAUCCCGUCGUCGCCGAGUACGAUGUCUAUAUCACCCCGGAGAUCGAAGAGCAGCUAUACAUACUGCAAUACCUGAACCGCCCUCCCGAUGAUCCUCUCACCGAGUCGACCGGUACAAAGCCUUCACAAGUGCGCAUGAAGACCCAAUCUGGGUUCGUCGAGGUGGACGUGCCGCUCGAUACCCACCAGCAUUUCAACCGUCAAAUGGGCGUUCGAUGGGGCGAGGCAAUGCGCAAGACGAAGCAGAUUGGGCAGAAGGCAUACGGAAUUGCAUCGGGAUUUGAGAGAACCAUGCCACGUCCUCCCAGGCCAGGAGCUGCUUCCGCUUCCGCUGGCGACACUCGAUCGACUCCGGCCCCAGUCACCAGCCUAGAGGAUGAUAACUACGAAGAGUAUAUCAUCAACUUCGACGAUGCGAACGAGAAGGGCCACGUUUUCAAUACACAGACAUAUGGAGGUCAGAUCCAACAAGAAGAUGGCAAAGGGCCCAACUACAUGCUGGGCACAUUCAAACAGAAUGAACUGCACCUGACCAAGCUCAACGGUCUUGUUCAGAUGCGCACCCAGUUUCAUCACAUAGAUGCCAUUGCGCAACUCGAAGCCGCAAAUCGUCGACGAGAGAAAGAACAGCAAGAAGGCGCAAGACCGACUGAGCCUAAAGCGUUUAUGCCAACAGUGAAGAAGGCUGGAGGCGACACUGCUGCAGAACUAACCCAAGCAUUUAUGAAAGCUACGAACCAGGAAAAGUGGAAGACUUUUGACUACUAUGAUGAAGAUGUAACAGCAUCGUAUCCCCAUGAAUACACAGACGCUCACAUUUUACAGACAAAAGACGCCUACGGUACAUACGAAGAGUGUCUCUUCGUACACGAUACCGCCGCAGCGCCGAAACUGCACGCAGAUAUGUCCAAUGGUGAAUAUCUUGACACCCUUAGCGCUCCUUCUGGCGGUAAAGGUUUGAAGAAAAAGAUGCCACAGAAGCGCCAGGAAUUAAUCGAAAUCUCGGAUGAAUCUGAUGAGGAGGAAAAUGAAGAAAUGCUUGCGAAUGAAGAAGAACUAAAAUGA